GGACACGGGCCGCAAUACAGCCCGCAACGACGUCGUUCAGGAACUCCAGUUUCUUGCUCUUGAGAAAGUGCAUCCCGCGUCAGCGCCUAUAUGUGCUUGAAUCUCAAUCUUUUUCUUGAAAAUCAAAUUUUCAGCUGUAGAGAGCUCCAGAUCUUGGAAUUUGUAUGUGAAUGUUGUGAAGAAUCUGAAGAUGAGACGUACCAAACAGUGAUAAUGGAGACCGAAGUUCAGAGGUCUGUAUCUUUGCGGCUAAACCGCAGAGGAGAUCGGAAUAAUCAAUUUCAGCAAAAUAGAGAUGCUGAAGGUGGUUUAUUUUCUUCAGAGAGGCUAUCCCAAGACUAUCCAAUGAAGGCUGUUUGGAAGAGGGGAUUCAUUCGCCUGUUCCUUGUAGGGGGCAUCGUGUGGAUUUUACUCAUCCUCACUGUAUUAUUAUUUCAUAUCUGGUCUUGCCAAUCUUCUUUUGCCUUUUUUUCAGCUAUCUGUAACAGAGAAAGCAAAGUAUUUUUUGUGUUAGACAAUAUGGGACUUGUACCAAAGCCACAACAUCGUUGUCCAAUUCCCAUUGCCAACGACCCAGACAAAGUAGUCAUUCCACAGGGAAGAACCCCUGACAAAAUUGUUCAAAAUCUAUCCUACAUUGUGGAAGAUAAGAAAAAUGCAUUUCAAUCACCCCCACUAUUUGGUGGCCAUCAAAGCUGGCUUCAAAGGGAGAAAAGCUUUAGAUUAAAGUCAACCAUGAAGGUGCACUGUGGCUUUAUGCAAAAUGGGGGUGCAGAAAUGAACCCAAUAGAUAUCACCUAUGCCAAGAAGUGUAGGUUUGUGGUUGCAUCCGGCAUUUUCGAUGGAUAUGAUACCCCUCAUGAGCCUUCAGAUAUAAGCGCCCGUUCUAAAAAGCUCUUCUGUUUUAUGGUGAUGGAUGAGAUAUCUCUUGAUUUCAUCAAGAAAAAUGUUACUGUUAAAGAGGAUGUUGAUGGGGGGUUAUGGGUGGGUAUUUGGCGUCUUGUUCUACUGAAACAUCCACCUUAUGAUGAGCCUAGAAGGAAUGGGAAGGUUCCUAAGAUAUUAACCCACAGGUUGUUUCCUGAGGCACAGUACAGCAUUUGGAUUGAUGGGAAAAUGGAGUUGAUGGUUGAUCCAUUACUUAUCCUGGAAAGAUAUUUGUGGCGUGGGAAGCACACCUUUGCCAUUGCACAGCACAAGCAUCAUCACAGUAUAUAUGAGGAGGCUGAUGCAAUCAAGCGGAGGAAGCGUUAUGCACGGCCUCUUAUAGAUCUCCACAUGAAAAUAUACAGUUAUGAGGGUAUGAAACCCUGGAGUCCAAAGAAAGGGACUAUUAGUGAUGUUCCAGAAGGGGCUGUUAUCAUACGGGAGCACACUGCACUGAAUAACUUAUUUAGCUGCUUGUGGUUCAACGAGGUCAACCUCUUUACCCCAAGAGACCAGCUGAGCUUUGGCUACGUUGUGUACAGGUUGGGCGGUUUAUUCAAGUUCUUUAUGUUUCCAAACUGCGAGUACAAUUCACUGUUUGUGUUGCACCCACACACACGAGAGCAUUCUUCUGUUGUAGAGUGGGUGAAAUCACUCGAUGAAUUUAAGACAAAUAAAACCGGUUUGAAAGAGAGUAGGGGCGGAUUGGGGUUAUGGACUCCUUAUUCUGGAAACCUGGAUUCAGUUAUCCUACCACCUGUAGCAAGAACAUCAAAAGCAGGCUGAGGUUCAAUUCAAUGCAUUUGGUCUUUCUUUUCA